GCAAGCAGGGGUCCACCACCCGCACCCCUCGCCGGGCUUGAGGGCCAGAGUGCGGGGCAUUGCUUGGCCCUGUGAGCAGGGGGAGCGGCCCACAGGGCCCCUCUGUGAUCUGAGGUGUGGGCAAGUCACUGCCUCUGAGCUGCGGGGGCAGCCGGCUUUGGGCAUCCAGCCAACAAGUCUGGUUUCCAUCGUGAGACUGACCUGGCUGGCAGCCCUGGGCAGAUCUGGGCAAACAGGUGAGCUGCUGAGGUUCCUCCCACCCCGAACGGACAGGCAGGAUUGGCCCUGGGGAAGGGGCUGGACCUAAGUCCUCAGCUCUGGCUCUGAGCCUGAGGUCCAAGCUGCCUUCAGCUUCUGCUGUGCUGACCGCAGCCUCCCAUCCCCGGCCUCUGUCUCCAAGCACCUGGCUUGCAGGUCCUCCCAGGAGCCAUGGAUCCUAGAGAUUUCUGGGGAAACAGCACCAAGUCCUGGCUGUGUCUGAUCCUGCUCUUUGCCGUACUUCUGGGCUUCUACAGCAACGUGUUCAGCCUGAUCCCCAGAAGACAGACAGAAGAGUCUCAAAGCAGCCCUGAGGCCCACCACGUGCAGGGGCAACGGGAGAACCUGCCUUUAAGCCAGGAUGAAAACGGCAUGGUUCUGCAGCGGAUGCUGCUGGAGAAGAAGUCCAGUGAAGGUGACGGCCACCUGGACACCUGCAGGAUACCUGAGGUACCCAGGUUGCUUUACCCCAAGGCUCAGCUGCUCAAGCCCUCGAAAGUGGAUGUGCUGGUCAUGACCCCCUGAUUUGCUCCCAUCGUCUGGGAUGGGACCUUUGACUCUGCCAUCUUGGAUGCGCAAUUCAGAGACACCACCAUUGGGCUGACCGUGUUCGCCAUCAAAAAAUACCUGGUCUUCCUGCGGCUCUUCCUGGAGACGGCGGAGAAGUACUUCAUGGUGGGGCACAAGGUCACCUACUAUGUCUUCACCGACCGGCCGGCGGACGUGCCCCAGAUCGCCCUCCAGGACGGGAGGCAGGUGGUGGUCCUCCACGUCGGCAACUACAGACGCUGGCAGGACAUCUCCAUGCACCGGAUGGAGAUGAUCAGCAACUUCUCGCGGCAGCGCUUCCUCCGCGAGGUGGACUACCUGGUGUGCCUGUACGUGGACAUGAAGUUCAGCGACCACGUGGGCGUGGAGAUCCUGGCGCCGCUCUUCGGGACCCUACACCCUGGCUUCUACGCCGCCGACCGCCAGUCCUUCACCUAUGAGCGCCGGCCCUUGUCUCGAGCCUACAUCCCGAGAGACGAGGGUGAUUUCUACUACGCGGGAGGCUUUUUUGGGUGGUCGGUCCCUGAGGUUUACCGGCUCACGACGGCCUGCCACCAGGCCAUGACGGCCGACCAGGCCCAGGGCAUCGAGGCCGUGUGGCAUGACGAGAGCCACCUGAACCGAUACCUGCUGUCACACAAGCCCAGCAAGGUGCUGUCCCCCGACUACCUGUGGGACGAGCGGAUGCUGCAGAGGCCGCCCUUACUCCGGAAGCUGCGCUACGUGGCCGUGCCCAAGAACCACGCAGAGAUUCGGAACCGAUGAGAAUGUGCUUGCCAAGAAAGUCUGUGGGCAUCAGACCACAGCGCAUGUCAGUGGUUCUACCCUCUUGAUAAGGGAUUGGCCGAAGGUUUGAUGGAACCAAUGAGAACGUACUUUCCAAGAAAGUCCGUGGGAAUCCGGCCGCAGCGUAUGUCAGUAGUUCUACCGUCUUGAUAAGGGAUUGGCCAAAGGCUUGAUGAUGCGGGUGAAGCCAUCGGCUUACUUCCUCUUCUGGAGGGAACUCCACUCGGCAGACAAAGCCGGCCCUGCAGUCUUCAUUCCCUCCUCAUCCCGCUUCCUCUUUCAAUGUGACUUGUCCUCUGAGGGCUUGACAAGGUCACCUUCCUAGGACGCUUUCUUUGGUUCUCUCUUCUUCCGGUCGUUGAAGGGAAUUUCUCCUUCCUCUAAGAAAACAACAGAAAGAACUGUGUUUUCAUAGAGCACUAAGGAUAAACCUUUGGCUGCGUCUGCCUUUCUGCCUACCUUACCCAUUGGUCUUGCCCAUUAUAAUGUGAGAUCUUGAGGGUGGAGAUCAAGAUGUCUUCAUCUUUCUGUCCAUCAGUACAUACCUCAGUGCCUGGUGCCCAGGGACUUUCAAAACCGUUUGCAUUUAAAUUUCAGGAAGGGACUUCCCUGGUACCGGUCCAGUGGUUAAGAGGCUGUCUGCCAAUGCCGCGGACACAAGCUGGAUCCCUGAUCCAGAAGCUAAGAUCCCGCGUGCUGUGGGGCCACGGCUACUGAGCUGGCGCUCUAGAGCCAACAAGAGAGGCCACCCAAAGGAGCAGCCCCGACUUGCUGCAACUAGAGAAAGACCCAAAGACCACGUGCAGCAAGGAAGAGGCUGUGUGCCGCAACGAAGACCCAGUGCAGUCAAAAAUAAAUCAAUAAAUUAGAAAAAAUAAAAUAAAUCAAUUAAAAAAUUAAAUUAAAAGUAAAUGCAUAAAUUUAAGGAA